CCUCCUCGGGCCGGGAUGGCGGCGGAGGACGAGGCGGAGCUCAGCCUGCUGGAGUGCCGGGUGUGCUUCGAGCCGUACGGCCCCGACGGGCAGCGGCGGCCGCGCAACCUGCCCUGCGGGCACGUCCUGUGCGGGGGCUGCGUGGGGGCCCUGAGCCGGCGCCUGGAGUGUCCCUUCUGCCGGCGGCCCUGCGGCCCCGCCGAGACCAGCGACUGCCGCCCGCUGCUGCAGCUGCUGGAGCUUCUGGGCCCCGCCGGCCGCCUCGCCCGGGCCCUGGGCGGGAGCGGCGGCCCAGGGGCGGCCGCGCCGGCCCCCGCGGGGCUCGGGCUGCGGCUGUGCCUGGGCGGCUGGGGGUCGCUGGUGAACCCCACCGGGGUGGCGGCCUGUCGCGGCACGGGGCGCCUGGCCGUGGCACACGACGGCAAGAAGAGGAUCCACGUCUUCGGGCCCAGCGGGUUCUGCCUGCAGCGGUUCGGGGAGAGGGGGGACGCGGGCAACGACGUGAAGUACCCGCUCGAUGUGACGGUCACGUCGGACGGGCACGUGGUGGUCACCGACGGCGGGGACCGCUCCGUGAAGGCCUUCGAUUUUGAGGGAAGGGGGGUCCUGGCGGUCCGGGAAGGCUUCCGUUUGCCCUGGGGCUUGGAUGCCACCCCCGAGAGUGAAGUAAUCCUGACCGACUCGGAGGCAGGCGCUCUCUACCGCCUGACGGCCGACUUUGGAAGGGGGGAAUUGAAGAAGUGUCAGAUGAUCCGGGCUCAGCUCGUCAGCCCCAGAGCGGUCGCGAUCUGCCAGACCUCGGGGGCUGUCGCGGUAAUAGAGCACCUGAAAGCUCAAGGACUGAACAAGGGCAGCACCCGAGUGAAGAUAUUCAGUGCGGAGAUGGAUCUCAUCGGCCAGCUGGAUAGCUUCGGUCUGAACCUCGUUUUCCCCUCCAAAAUGUAUGCUACAGCUGUGGCCUUUGACAAAGAAGGUCGUGUUAUAGUAACGGAUGUCUGUAGCCAGGCCGUAAUAUGCUUAGGGAAACCAGAGGAGUUUCCCAUGUUUAACCCUCUAAUUAGCUAUGGGCUUUCUUAUCCUGUCGGACUGACUUACACGGCAAAUGAUUCCCUCGUCAUUUUAGACAGUGGUGAUCAUUCAAUAAAAAUAUAUAGCUCUACCUGAAUGGUUUAGAUGCUUACUGCUACAGGUUCAAGAUGCUUUUGGCCAUAACGCAUGGAAAGUUCUGGUGCUUGUAGGCACAUAGAGAGGAGGUGGUUUCUGGGCUUUAUGGUGAAAUUACCCCCUGACCAACAUGCCGUGCUUCCUGCAAAACUUGUGUUGGAUCUCUUGCCUACCUGUGGGAGAAGACCUACCUGCUGCUGGCUGUAGUCAGCAAUGAAUCAACCAAACAAAUAAUUUGGCAUUUUAAAACUAGUCCAGAUCUUGAAAACCAAACGUUUUUCAUCCUUUUUGAUGAGUAAUCAAAGACCAGCACCUGUGAAAGUGAUGCAUCAUUUAUUUACAUUUCCCAGCACAUAGUUUUCAUUGUUCUUAAUUAAGCAUAGAUACACUCAUGGGGUUGACAGAUAUUCUGUUUCCAGGAAUUCCAGCUUUCUUGUUUCCACGAGAAAGGAGUUUGGCUUGACAAAAUGAUAGGAGAAUUGGAAGCUUCCGUUCAAGGUUGCCUAAAUCCAGCUAAGAACAUUGUGAUGGAGGAGCUACCACUGAUGAGUGAGUUAUGUGGUGUUCAAAGCCUAUUUUUUCCAUACCAGGAAAACAUAUUUCUGGGAGCACCCUUCCGUCUGCUUUCCCACCUUUAUUAGGGUUGUACUGGAACACUGUCUUCCUCUAAAAUGCCCAACUCUGUGUCUACCUAGAGAUAAUCUGGUGUGUGGUUCCACAGCAUGGGCAGCUUUCCCUAAAAGCUCCUUGAAGUAAUGGUGUUUAGACCACAAAUACUCUUGCAUAUGUAAAUUUGAGUUGGCUGUGCUGCUAACACAGCUGCACUUAGGAGGUUUUCAAUACUGCCUGCUCCUGCUUUGUCAUUAAUACAGUGCUUUUGCACCCAAACUGGAGGAUUCGACUGCAAAUUGAAAUGUUAGUGUGAAGUAAUAGAGAAAGAGGGAAGUAAGGCCCAUUUUCUUCCUAGCUUCCAAAUGAGGUUUUGUUGAUUGUGAAUACACAGAAAGUUUAGAUCAGUUUAUAUUCUCUUGAAGGUAGUUUCACUGUGGACGUAAGUUCUCUUGCCUUAUUGCACAGUGGAAGUCACGGUAUAUCUGAAUUCUGGGAAGGAUUAACACCCCUGCUAGAAGUACUGCUGCAUUUUUAGGCAUUUACCUGCUGCUAAAAUGAUUACUCAGGUGCUUCAGUGUUAAAAUGAAGUUAGAUAUAAAUGUAAAUGCUAUCUGAGGUAGAGACAAGUAGGUUAAAAUGGCAUAAAACUUUCGGGGUAAUUUAUUUAGUAACUGAAAUCAUUAAUAUUAACUAAUGUAAUUGGAAAUUCAGAGGCAGUCUUUCACUAAAUUUUUCAUCUGGCUUUUGGUCUGACUUCAGGGCAUUUAAUAACUGCAUGUAUUGCUGCACCAGUGAUUUACCAAAUACUUACCUUAAAUUGGAGCAGUUUAGUCCUCUAAUUCAGACAAUUUAUUAAUCUGUUUUAUGUUAACAUUUGUAUAAACAACACAAAUCUAUUACAUGCAGCUAUUUGUACUGGCUAACUGAACAGUGACCUGCCAAUAAAGUGUGAUUUGCUUAUUCCUAUAUUUGAAUAAUUUAGUGAAAAUUCCUCAUAUAUUUUCAUCAUGAGUUUCUCUGUUACAAUACGAUUUCUCUAUCACAGUUGCCCUGUAUGGUUUCUUUUUCUGUCUGGAAAUAUCCUGCCAAAGUUGUUGUAGGGCCAUCUGUUGCUAUUGAAAAUUGUAUGGACCUGUAAAUUUUGUCUUUUUUGGCAUUCUCUGCUGCCAGGCCAAACAGUAAGUGCCUUUGGAAGAACCAGAAAUCCUCCUUGGUUGUUCUGCAGCAGGAGGUGUAUGGUCCUGAGCAGGAGCCCUGUUGAGAGAUCAGGAAGGAAAUUUACUCAGAUGAGCAUCCACUUGGAUUAUAUCUAUUCCUUUCUAGGUACCAAGGAGACGUCUGUCUUUGAGGGAUAUAGAACCAAUUAGAGAACACUUCCUUUGGGGGACUGCUGUAUGUCAAAAUGCAUGCAAUGCCAUCAGUGUCAUCAAUGCUGUAUUCAUACAUAAUUAAUAGUUUGUUGCAGUAGCAAUUCAGUGAACCACGGGCUGUGAGCUUUCGUCUCCUCAAACCUUCUUGUGCACCAGAAGCUUGGUUUUGCUACUGAACUCAUGGAUGGGCAAAUUUCCUAGGACCUACCACCAUGCAGGCAACUUUCCAGUAGCUGAAAUGCUGAUUUUUAAACAUUUGGCUUGUAUUGUUUUAAAAUCUACAAAACCUCCCAUUGUUAGCCAUUUUGCUCCUGUCUGCUUUGGUAUAUGACUAGGAAUCACUUGAUUUUUGGGUUUGUAAGCAAAAUAAACCUUGUGCCUUUAUUCUA